AUGGAUUCUUCCUUAAAGCUUAGUAAAGAUCAUGGGGAUCCUCUGCCAGGUAGCUAUCCUUAUUGGUCGAUUGCAGGUCGUCCAAAUUUGUCAUUUGCAAUACAGCAAUUAAGUCAAUUUUUGGAUAAACCAACUUCAUCUCAUCUCCAAGCUGGUCAUCGUGUUCUCAGAUACAUUAAAGGAUAUCCUGCCUCUAGCCUUUACUUUCUUGUUGAUUCAUCUUUGCUUCUCAAAGCUUUUAACGAUUUUGAUUGGGCAAGCUGUGUGGACACUCGACGAUCAAUCACCAAUUUCUGCAUUUUUCUUGGCUGUUCCUUAAUUAGUUGGCAAGCCAAGAAGCAAACUACCGUCUCUCGUUCCUCUUUUGAAGUUAAGUAUAGCGCUCUUGCUUCUACAACUUGUGAAUUACAAUGGCUCAACUACUUACUUCAUGAUCUCCAUAUGCCUCAUCCUCAUCCUGCUUUACUUUUCUGUGACAACAUGUCUGCUUUGCAGAUCGUAGCAAACCCAAAUUUUCAUGAGUGA